GCUGCUUGCACCAAAUGAGGAUCCCGCCCGGUGGAUCGUGUUGCCGCCACAGACGAAGCUUUCACUGGGAGCGUGUUCGGGCUGGAAGCUGCUGAUCCUCAGCGGGUUUCCGGCUGCGCCGCGCGGCGUGACGCACAGAGAAGUUAAAGAGGCGGCGCUGGAUCCGAGGAGGAGGGAGCGAAGGAUGCUGCCAUAACUUUGGACCAAAACGAAAAAGCGCGUCCGUGCGCACGGAGUGUGUUAAGUGAAUCUGCAGUAAGGAAGGGGGAGGGAUUUACGCGGACGCACUUUCCGGACAGUCCGAGAGGAGAUCUGCGAGGAGCCGAACGAAGCGUCAGGCGGCGGCGAUCGGAAAGAUGACGGACAGUUUUGAGGCCGUGCCGAGCAAAGACAUCGCCGGUUAGAUCUGCGCGCGCCUCCGGUGCGAGCGGCGCGUCUCUCCUCGGCCGCGCGUAAUGGGAGAAAAAGUUUGGGAGCUGUUCAGAGGAGACGCACACGCAGCGGCGGCACCGUGCCAGGUGAAGCUCAUCAGUAAGUUUGAAAGUCCCAGCAUGACUUGGGGAAAACCGCCGGCUUGAUUAGUGCACACGCGCGCGGACGGACAGCGACGAUCUUUAGAGGGGGAUUUCUUUUACGCACAGGACCCCUGAUCUCACACACACACACACAGAGAGAGAUUUGCUCGCCGGAUGUCUGCGAUGGGGCAGAGGUGCGUGAUGGAGGUGAUGGUGCUCACCGUCCUGUCGUGGGUGUGCGUGUGGGCGGAGGAGAAGAUCAUAUUUGACAGACACGCCGUCUACUGGAACAGCUCCAACCCCAAGUUCUGGCAUGGAGAAUACCGAGUAGCAGUGAACAUCAAUGAUUAUCUAGACAUUUACUGUCCUUACUAUGAGGGUCCUCCAUCCCAUGGACGUAUGGAGCGCUACAUCCUCUUCAUGGUCAACCACGAGGGCUACACUUCCUGCCAGCACAGGAUGCGUGGCUUUAAGCGCUGGGAAUGCAACCGUCCCAGCGGUCCUGAUGGACCCCUGCGCUUCUCAGAGAAGUUUCAACUCUUCACACCUUUCUCCCUGGGCUUCGAGUUCAGACCUGGACAUGAGUACUACUACAUCUCAUCUCCUCACCCAAACCAUGUGGGGCGGGCAUGUCUUAAACUGAAGGUGUAUGUCAGACCCCCAGAUGGGUCGGGAUAUGAUUCUCCAGAACCCUUCCUGACGGACGGCGGUCCGAGCCGGAGGUCCGGGUCCGUGGCCCCGUUGGCCGUUCUGGUCUCGCUGUUGCUGGGACUCUUCUCCUGGCUGUGAGCCCGUUCUCUUCCGUGGAGCUCCCACCCCGAGGAUUCUGGGCUGGGCUGGUUGUCCCUCUAAUUCCACCACCCCUCAGGGAAGCCCUUCGUCUCCCUCCCACCUCCACCUCUGAACUCCCACAAACCACCCCCACUGCCAGCCCCCGUACAAGGCCCAGUCACGGACACCUUCUCCAGGCCUGGCUGAAAGCGCCGGCCUGGUCUUGGACUGUUUGGGAGGCGGUCCUUCAUCUCUGAUCUGCCAAUUCUGGAAGAAAGAGAUGCAAAGCACCUCUCAGCUGAUAAACACAAGGGAAAUGUCUCUGCACUCAUUUCAGGGGGCCGUUUGAUUUGACUAUUGACUCUUCAUCGCUGAUGAGCUCCAUGUAGCCGUGGCUAUGAUUAAACUUGUCGUUCCAGUGUAAUUCCUACCGGGAGGAUGCAUUAAGCGAUAGGCCUGGAUGCACAAAAAUUGGAUUUUGCUCACAUUGCUGUCCUAUCCUCCAAGCAAGAAUUGGAAGUGGCCGAGCUUGCUUUGUAAUUGGAAUUCUAUAGUGUCUGGACACAUUCCAAUAACAACGCACAGAGGAGCAACGCAUAGAAACUGAGAAGAGUAGGUUGCCAGACCAGCGCAGAAAAGGAUCUAUUAAAUAGGACUAUGUUAGAAAGUGUCAUAUUGUAUGUGUUGAUAUGUUCAGAGCCAAUGUACAUUUGUGGCAAUGUAAUAGAAAAGUUAUCCAGAGCAGCUGAAAAAUCACAAUAUGAUGACAAGUAUAACCAUGGCCAGUUUUAGGAGGAGGGUCAGGGUUGUGUGCUGGAUGACUCAUAAAGGACGUUUCCUCAGAUUGUAACGUGAACAGUGAAUUUAGGUAAAUACCCUCACAGACAUCAGGAUUCAUUCAUUUCAGAGCAAAGCCGACUGAGUGCAGGAAAA